ACGGAAGUCCGAGAGGGUCAAAAGUCUCCUCUGCGUUUCCGCGUUGUCAGAAAUCCAAAGAAAUCCACCUCGAAAAGCGAAUUUAAAACCCCAAAAUAUCCGCCGACAGUCACGCAGCAUCCAGGCAGGACAACAAAAGCAGGACUGUGUGGGGUGAUGUCAGCUGACUGACACCUCCUCCUCCAUCACCUCCUCCUCCAUCACCUCCAUCAUGUCUCUGGGUGACAACCCUCACCUGCUCCUGGGCAGGAUCCGCUUCCUGAACAGGUGCAUCGAGUGUUUCAAGAGGAGCGAGCCGGCCCCGGACCCUCUGUGUUACGUCCCCAAAGAGGUUUGCUACAAGGUCUGCAAGGAUUCAUCGUCCACGGGCUCCUGCGCCUCCUCCUCCGGAGCUGCUGCGGGAGCCUCCCUCGUGGGGAAGACGCUGGUGUCCGUGUUUGAGAACCCACACCAGAACCCACACAUCAAGAAGCUGUGCAAGUACAACAUCGAGCCGAAGAAAGGGACGUGCAUCCGGACAACGGGGGAGGAGUACAGGAACAGUCAGGGCCUGUGGGUCAAAAUCAUCAAGGAGCAGAUGGAGGAGCACCGUCAGGGCCUGGAGCUGGAGGAAGGCUGGAUCCUGGUGUGUAAACACACAGAAGGAGGCGACAGGCUCGUGCCGGUGGAGUCGCCGGAGACCGUCAGCAGGCAGCAGCAGCUCUUCGGCUACGACCACAAACCCUGCAACAGGUGGGAGCAGGUGGUGAACGUGGAGAACGCACUUUACAUCGGCUCCAAACCCAAAAUCGCAGAGCGGGACGACGCUGCCGUCCAGAAGCUAAGGUACAUUCCUCCCACCUGGACGUAUGAAUGCGACGAGGAUCUGGUGCACUACUUCUACGACCACAUAGGGAAAGAGGAUGAGAACCUGGGCAGUGUGAAGCAGUGCGUGACCAGCAUCGAUGUUUCUUCAUAUUCUGAUGAUCCAAGUGGAGGCGUGAGCUGUCUGACGGACGGCGACACUGAAACGUACUGGGAGAGCGACGGCAUGCAGGGACAACACUGGAUCCGCCUGCACAUGAAGAGAGGCACCGUGGUGAACAAACUGAUACUGACGGUGGACUCCACAGACGACAACUACAUGCCCAAGCGAGUCACGGUUUACGGAGGCGAGGGAGACGGCCUGAAGAAGCUGAGCGAUGUCACCAUAGACGAUAAUCUGAUUGGAGAAGUUUGCGUUCUGGAGGACAUGACAGGUCACCUGCCUGUGAUCGAGAUUCGCAUCGAGGAAUGUAGAGAUGAGGGGAUAGACGUCCGGAUCCGAGGCUUGAAGAUCAAGUCGUCGUGUGAGAGAGACCUGGGUCUGAACGCCGACGUUUUCCAGUCCUCUAACUUAGUGCGAUACCCUCGUCUGCAGGGCAACACGCCUGACUUCCUGUACCGCAGGGCGCUGGUCAUCCAGAGGUUCAUCAGUCUCCUGGACAGUGUGCUCCCACACUUAGUACCAGCCUGGGACUACAGUCUGGGCACCUUCAACCAGAUCAAAAGCAUAAAACAGUUCCUGCUGCUGUCCAAACGCCGCUCGGCCCUUAUCACGCAGUGCCUGAAGGACUCCGAGACCGGGAAGCCAAACUUCAUGCCCCAGCUCUACAUCAACCGACGCCUGGCCAUGGAGCACAGAGACAACCCGUCUCUGGACCCCAGCUGCAAGAACGCCGUGUUCAAUCAGGUGUAUGAAGGUCUCAAGCCAUCUGACAAAUUUGAGAAGAUUCUGGACUACAGAUGGCCCGCUCGGUACGACCAGUGGUGGGAGUGUAAGUUCAUUGCAGAGGGAAUCAUCGACCAGGGAGGAGGAUUUCGCGACAGCCUGGCCGACAUGUCUGAGGAGCUUUGCCCCAGCUCAGCUGAGUGCCCCAUGCCUCUGCCGUUCUUCAGCCGCACAUCCAACCAGGGUUCCUUAGAGGCCAGAGAUUACUACGUCCCCAACCCGUCCUGUAAAGAGUUCAACAAGUAUGAGUGGAUCGGUCAGCUCAUGGGAGCUGCUCUCAGAGGAAAAGACUUCUUGGUCUUGGCUCUGCCCGGGCUGGUGUGGAAGCAGCUGACCGGAGAGGCUGUCAGCUGGAGCAAAGACUUCCCUGCUGUGGACUCGGUGCUGGUGAACCUGCUGGAUGCCAUGGAGAACAUGGACCAGGAGACGUUUGAGUUCAGGUUUGGUGAGGAGCUCGUCUACACCACCCUGCUGAGCGACGGCCAGAUGGCGGAUCUCAUCCCCGGCGGGAGUAACGUGGGCGUUCGCUACGAGGACCGCAAAGAGUUCAUCCGCCUGGUGCAGAAGGUUCGGCUGGAGGAGAGCAAGCAGCAGAUAGCAGCCAUGCAGGCGGGGCUGCUAAAGGUGGUUCCUCAGGCGGUGUUGGAUCUGCUCACCUGGCAGGAAGUGGAAAAGAAAGUGUGCGGAGAUCCUGAGAUCACUGUGGAAGCUCUGAAACGACUCACACACUACGAAGACCUGGAACAAAGUGACAGUAGAGUGCAAUACUUGUGGGAAGCUCUGACAAACUUCACCAAUGAGGAUCGCAGCAGGUUUCUGAGGUUUGUAACUGGUAGAAGUCGUCUUCCUGCACCCAUCUACGUCUUCCCUGACAAACAAGGCUCUGAAACGACUGACGCCCUCCCUCAGUCCUCCACAUGCUCCAGCACUCUUUAUCUACCCAACUACCCGAGCGCAAAAGUCUGUGAGGAGAAACUGCGUUACGCUGCGUACAACUGUGUGGCCAUUGACACAGACAUGAGCCCGUGGGAAGAGUGAUCUCUGCUGCUGCUGCUUCACUGAGCAAACUUUACAAACACACUGCUGUCUCGCCAAGUUAAUCCGAGCUGUACAUAAUAAAGAGCUAUACGGAAACAUG